AUGGCCCCGUCGGGAACCACCGGGGCGUCCCCCGACGGGAGCCGGAGCUGCCGAGUGUCGCGACAGAGACCGGGGUCUCCGGGAUGGUUCCCGUUCUCCAGAAACAAGGGGGGAAGAGGGAGAAAAGGCGGCGGGAGGGACCCGGCCCCGCUGCCGCGACGGUGGGGACCGGCCCGGGGUGGGGAACGGCGGCUCCCCGUUACCGGGGAUGGAGAACGGCCGCGCUCCCCGGAGCAGGCUGGAAAGUCGCGACCGGCCGCCAGCUCCGGUCCCCGGACCCCACCGGGCAGGAGCGGCGGCAACAACCGCAGUGCGGCCGCACGGACGGGCCGGGGGCUCCGGGAUGCGGGGGAGGCCGGGCUGGAGGGCUGGCAGCGCUCCUGGUGCCCCGGGACUCCCCGGUGCCCGCUCCGGGGCAAUAACGCUCUCGUUCCCCGGGGCAAUAACGCAAUAACGCUCUCGGUUCCCCGGUACCGGCUCCGGCACUCCCUGGUCUCCCCGGUACCCGUGUCCGGAGUUCCAGAGCACCCUGUUCCCCUUGGCCCGGCUGUCCCGGGGCUCCGCACCCCUCUCCAGGCUCGGACAGGACCGGGCUCGUUCCCGGGGCUCUCCCGCCGCUCCUUUGCGCUUUCCCAGCCGGGCCCGUCGGGGCUCCCACUUUUCGCUUUAGUAUUAUUCAUUCCCCACUUUCGCUUCGCCACCGCAUCCCAGUGGGACCCUGAGCACCAGCUGCUCCAGCCAGGCUCUCCCACCCUCCAGAAGCUUUUCCUGCCCGCAGCUCCUGCAGUGAGUGUGGAUCCCACACAGAUUUUGCCCUCCUCAGGGGCGGAUUUGCCCUGCUGCAUGUCCAUGCUGAGCCUUUCUCCUGGGGCACCACCUCAGCAUCCCCCUGGAUGGGGGUUGGGAUGGGGAUUGGGAUUGGAUGCCAUGGCUGUGACAGUUCUGGGCUUCCUUGGCUCUGUUAACACCCUCUGGUGCUGUGCCUCUCCCCCACCAGGUGAGAAGGGCUGCAAAGGCGGGUUCCAGGCAAUUCCCGCAGCCUGCAGGGUCCCCCCCAAAGCUCCGGAGGACUUGGGCUGCCCACUGGCAGCACCCCUGGGCAACCUCGGGAUCCCUGAGCUCCCUGAGCCCCUGGGCAAGAGCAAGAGCAAGAAGAGGAGGAACAGGACGACCUUCAGCACGUUCCAGCUGGAGGAGCUGGAGAAGGUUUUCCAGAAGACCCAUUACCCCGACGUGUACGCCCGGGAGCAGCUGGCACUGCGCACGGAGCUGACCGAGGCCAGGGUGCAGGUUUGGUUCCAGAACCGCCGGGCCAAGUGGCGGAAACGGGAACGCUACGGGAAAAUCCAGGAGGUGAGAGAUCUGCAGAACAACCUGUGGCCGAGCCCUGGGAGCCCCCCGGGGCUGCUGCCCCCCGAGAGCAUCCCCUCCCCCUGCAUGUCCCCGUACCCCCCUGCUCCCAGCAACGGCUUCGUGGGCAUCCCCAGCUCCCCGGGCCCCCACCCCGGCAUCAACAGCCUCUACUCCCUGCACGGGCUGCCCCCCCCGGCCCUGGCCCCCCACCCGUUCGAGCCGCCCCCCCAGCACGACUACAAAGCUCCCAGCCUGAUGCCACUGAGGAUGAAGGGCAAAGAGGGGGCCGGGAGCCUCCUGAAUUGGGCCACAUGAUCCCCCACGGGAUGGACACGGAGCCCUCAUCCCCCCGGAGUGUGUCCUGCACCCCCAGCACCAGGGAGUGGGGUCAGGGUGGUGGGGUCACCUUCAGUCCCCCCCUCAGCACCAGGGAGUGGGGUCAGGGUGGUGGGGUCACCUUCACCCUCCUCAGCACCAGGGAGUGG